AUCGACAGAACUCCGGACCGGACAGUAGCCACUAUAAUAUAGUCACUAUUCAGUAUUGGACCAGAACAUCGAGAUUCCAGAAUUCGAGAAAACAGAACGAUACAUCAAUAUAGUCGAUUCCAGAUAAGGCACACAGUCGAUUCAUCAUGGCGGUGGCCGACGAUGCCGUCGACAACAAAUUAUUGACCUCGGAAUUGACCGUUGACAACAAAAUCGACGAAGUAUUGCUCAAUCUCGUACUGCAGAAGAAACUCGAAGUGUCCACUGUCAUUAAAGUUGACGGUAUUCCUAAAACCGAACCCAAAACCUUCGACCGUCUCCAACGAGUAAUCACCAAAAUAUUUACGCAGUUCGGUAAAAUCCCCAGAGUUUACUAUCCAAAAUCUGAAAAGGGCGACACUAAAGGUUACUUAUUCAUUGAAUAUGAAGAACACGAAAGCGCAUUGAGAGCUGUUAAGAGAGCUAAUAAUUCCCGAUUCUGUGAACUUACUUUAUUAGUACAUUUAGUUUCUGACUGUAAAACAAUAGCAACCCUGCUACAGCCAAUACCAAGCUAUAAUGAGCCACAUUCCUCGAGUACACCUACUACAUAUCAUCAAUAUCAUGUAAACAAGAGUUUAUACAUUCGUAUUCAAGAUUGGAUGAAUAACGUUCCACAUAUACCAGAUUUAGAAAAACGUAAAAUGAUUGCAGAAGCCCAAUUGGCCAUGGUCAAGAAUAAAGUUUCCAAGAAAUGUUGAAGACUUUUAUUAGUUACCUGGAUAUUUGAGUAUGACAAACACGAAAGAGCCUUGGAUGCUGUUACGCAAGCUAUUAAUUUCCAACUAAACUAACUAAGUCAUAUUACUCAUACUUUAUUAAUACAAUUAUUUACUGACUAUAAAAGUGAGUUUAAUAAAACAUUUAAUUCAAAGUG